UGGGCGGCAGCACGUGCGUCCCGGUACUGACCGAGGGUCCCCGCUCCAUGUUCGCGGAGCAGGGCUGGAACGAUGAAGCGGAGCCGCUGCCCCGCGGCGCCCCGGAGGGCCCAGGCCGACCGGACCCCACGAAAGAGGCGGCUGCCCGGGGCCGGUCGGGACGGUGAGGCGGCGCGGAAGCGGCCCCGGAAGCGGAAGAAGACCGGCGAGGCGCGGGCCGCGGCGGCGGAGCUCCCGGCCGGUCCCGACGAGCCCCGGGAGAUUGGGCAGCGGCCGGACGCAGACGGCCUGGCUGAGCCGGCGGGACUGAGCCGUAGACAGCGGAGGAACCGGCAGAAGCGGCAGCGGCAGCAGGAGCCGUCGGCGGGGUCGGAUGUGGAGCGGGGCUUGGGGCCGGGCCCCCCUGACCCGCCGGGCGCCCCGGACCCGCCGGGCCCCGCGGAGGCGCCUCUGGAGCCCCGCUCGGGCCGCUCGGCGGCGCUCCGCGCGCGGAUGGAGGAGCGGCUGCUCGGCGCCCGGUUCCGCUAUCUGAACCAGCAGCUCUACACCGGCAGCAGCCGGGACGCCGCGCAGCUCUUCCGCGCCGACCCUGCCGCUUUCCACCUCUACCACCGGGGCUUCGAGCGGCAGGUGCGGCGCUGGCCCGAGCGCCCGGUGCAGCGAAUCGUGCGCUACCUGCGCCGCCGACCGGCGUCGCUAGUGGUGGCGGAUUUUGGCUGCGGGGACUGCACACUGGCUGCCAGUGUCAAGAACCAGGUGCACUGCUUCGACCUGGUGCCACUGAGCCCGCGGGUCACCGUCUGCGACAUGGCCAAGGUGCCACUGGCGGCUGAGUCGGUGGACGUGGCCGUGUUCUGCCUGGCGCUGAUGGGGACCAACCUGCAGGAGAUCCUAGGAGAGGCCAACCGUGUGCUCAAGCUCGGGGGGACCCUGAUGGUGGCCGAGGUGGCCAGCCGCUUUGAGGACACCCGUGCCUUCCUGAGCGCCAUGACGCAGCUGGGCUUCAGGACCGUCUCCAAGGAUCUCUCCAGCUCCUAUUUCUACGUGUUGGAGUUCGCCAAGACGGGCCCGGCACGGCCCGGCUCCGCCCCCGGGCUGCGACUGCGGCCGUGCCUGUACAAGCGGCGGUGACCGGGCGGCGGGAGGGGGCGGGGCCAGGGCGGCCGGCCCCGCCCCGUGCGGUAUCGCCAAUAAACCCGCUGCUUCCUCA